AUGAGGUCAUCUACAGCGCGCAGCGGAUCGAAUUCCACGGAUGACCGCCGAUCGGUGGUUUCUGGGAAUUCCAGCACCGCGUCGACGCUGGUAGCGGAUAGUUUGGCGUCUGGAAAGACGGCGACGUCACAAUUGAGAAAAUUUACCGCCGGUGUCGGACGUCCAGGCCUGGCUCGCGAAGCUCGUGACGCUGUGAGAGCAGCGUUGGUUGCUCAGAAUCCAUUGAGAAAAGCGCCAAUCAGUGAGCCCGUGGACUAUGAAAAAUUUGUCAACGAAAGGAGUAUCCAGCUAGAGAACGAUCCACAACGAGAGAUUGUUCUAUGUCCCAGGGAUGAUAUUGAGGUAACUGAAAAUUGCGAAAAUUUGGAAUCAUCGAUUCAACAAGAAUGCGAAACGGCAAUUCCGAUGGUGAAGCCGUCGGAUAUCAAACAGGCGAAAUGGCUUCUGACAAGAGAAGCACUGAGAUUCUACACACAACCACAUCGAUCGAUCACUUUUAAUUAUGCCAACUUCUCGGGAGAUUAUUCAGCAAACAAUACAUCCUCCUGCAUCGAAAACGAAACGCUAUCCUCGUUGGUUUUUGAGUCAGAUAUGGCACUGGAAGACGAGAGAGCCGCCUAUGGAGCAUCGUUGGGUAUUGGAUCCGUUGGAAUUGUCAAAGUGAGCAAAAUUCUUGAAUUUUGGCUUAAAAUUCGGGAAAGUGGUCCAAAAUUCCCGAAUUUUGGUUCAUUUUUCAUCAAAUUUGGAGUCUAUUUGAACCCCAAAGCUCGCUUUCAGGAAGGCAACCUGAACAUUCUCAAAUCCGACACGCCCACGUUCAUCGACAAUCUGAAGUCGUGGUCCUCAAAGAAGAGAUACUGUAUUCUGCGACGUCUGGAAGGCGGAGAAUGCACGUUUGAGAUUCGAAAAGCGGCGCAAGAAGCGCCGAAAAUCGCCCCACUGAAAAUAGGCUCCGCCCACAUCAAAUCAACGAAAAAGGGGAAGACGGUGUUGGAGAUACGGGGGGGAAUCGAUGAGAAAUCGGCGUGUAUACUUCUGGAGAGUGAGGAGACGCAGAGUUUGGAGGAUUGGUUGGUGGCACUGCAGACGGCCAUUGCGUUCGCCAAUAAGGAAGACGCCCUGUCAAUUUGUUCGGAAUUGGAUAAAGGAGGUACUUCAAAGUCAUCAGAUGCUAAUAAUGCAGUCGCCACGUCAUCAUCCUCCUCGGCAAUCAAUGGAAAAUCAAAAGGAGCCGAUACGGAGAGUAUUGGCUCGGAGGAUAGCUCGAAUUCGCGCACAAGCGAAAUGCAACCAUGGCGUGGUCGUAACUCAGCUGCCAGGGCUCUCCAACCUCCAAUCGUAGAUCGUCGGAACAUGUUCUCCCUCUACUAUCGUCUUCAACCCCUCCCAAGUCCCUCAUUCGAUCCAUCAACAAUUCUUCAAGGCUCCCAAGGAACAAAGCGGCCUUCGUUCACCGAGAUUCCAUCGUUUUCUCCAGUAAAAAUGCGCAAAUCGUCUUCUCUGAAACGAGAAACAGCCCAGAAUCGGUCGAUGCAUCAGAAUCCAUUGCUCAUCUCAAUCGAAUUCCAUGGCAUAUCGAUUCGUUUGCCGAACCAAAACGGGAUUCUCCACCAAAUCGAGCCCUUCUUCGUGCGAUUCUUUGUCUUCGACGCUCUGGAUGGUCGUAGAAUCUGCGAGGAGUUUCAAAUUCUGGUCAACGGAGACGAUUUGCACGUUUCGGAGCCAGUUUUCGACUCUAGUUGCCUGGUGAAUGGCAUCAAACGGUCCCUUCUGGUGGAGAGAACUGCCAAUAGAGCGCUUUUGCAACUUCCACCCACUACACAGAACCAUAAGGAUCUUUGGCUGGUUGUUAGAGUGGAUAGGGGCUUGUCGGCCGAUACAGCAGCCGAGUUGUAUAUGAAGGCCUGUUCGGACGCCAAAACCGUCGCAAAACUCCAAAAAACGAUAUCCCAAUCGAUGACCCGUCUGGCCGGCCAUCGUCAGCGAUUCGCGUGGACCGCCAAACCCCUCUUCCCAGAAUUCCGAUCCGACGUCUUCACCACUUCUGGAUCCACGUCUUCCACCCUAACGUCACCUACAACUACAGUAUCCGGAUGGUCUCGGACGUCAUCUGACUGCCUUCAACUAUUCAGAUGUGAACCCAAUCGAUACAGUGACGUGGAUUUGCAGAAGAGUCUUCUGGAAUUCUCGAAAUUGGAGAAACAGAGCAAGUUAAUGGUGCCGAAUGCGUCGAUUAGUGUUGCUGUGAAUACGAGAGCCAGUAUUACAGACUAUCUUAACCGCGUAAAUCCAUCACUCUACCCGCUGAAUCCAUGGAAACCGGAUGAUUCAAAAGGUGGACCGCCCGUUUUUCAAUUACAAUCGUUUGGGGACCAACCGAGUCAUCCACACACAACACUCACCAAUUUGCUCUAUGUCUAUCCAAUGUCAUUGAAGUAUGACUCCCAAAAAGCGUUCUCCAAAGCGCGUAACAUCUCGUGCAACGUCCGUUUCGUCCGUGGAGACCAAGCGAUACCCGAAAAAGCAAUGGUGGACCGAAUGUCGCCGUCGGGACCCUACUGUAUCUCCUCCACGUGUUCCAUCCAACACCAUCAACAGAAUCCAGUAUUCGGAGAGGAAAUGAAGACUCAGCUUCCCCUGAAUUUGACGACUUCUGACCACUUGCUCUUCUCGUUUUCCCACAUUUCAGUGGCGGGAAAUUCGAAUUUGAAGUCUUCGGAAUCCACGGAGACGCCCAUCGGAUACUCGUGGCUUCCGUUGGUUUGGAAGAAGGAUCGACUGAUUAUGGAUAAUGAUGAACAGGAAUUCGCAUUGCCGGUGGCUUGUGAUCUACCCGCCAAUUAUUAUCGAUCCAAACCAACUGGAAUGGCUGGCAAAGGGGAAGAAUCGCACCUGUCCGAAGUGCGUUGGGUCGACCAGAAGCCUCUGUUCCGUGUCCGUCUGCGUCUCUGCUCGUCGGUCUUCACAACAGACUCCAAACUGCAAACAUUCUUUCAAGCUUGCGAUCGCUUAUCAGCUAAAGGUAUCAUUGGUGAUGCUGCCGAUAGUUUAAAGAGAAUGGUGAAAUCGAAGUCAUCAUCACCGCCAUCAGACCUCCAGCAACAGCAGCAUCCACGUUCUUGUAGUCCGAUUGCUGAUUCAAUGCAAAGAUCGUUAUCAUUGGAGGACCCGGAUCAACAUCCCCAUAUGAAACAUCUUCUACAGGCGAUUCGACUCCUCUCCGACGUCCCAUUCGACCGUCUGCUCGUCUAUUUCCCCAUUGUUCUGGGUCGUCUGUUCGCAAUUCUACCCCAAGCACCCACUGAUCAGCUUGCCAUCGCCACACUACGCUCCAUCAUCUCGAUAUGCGAUUUGUGUCAACAAAACGGUCGACCGCGGGUCGUCCGCCGCUUCGUCCGCCACAAUUUUUCGGAUGCGGCCGCCCGCGAGCAAUUUGUGUCCCAUGAUGCCACCAUUUAUGCAGUCAUUUGUAGACAUUUACCCACUCUGAUGCGUGAAAUGCAAUCCGAACCCCCGGAAGAGCUCUCCAAGUUAUAUCGUCAGUUAUGGGUCCUCACCGACGCCGUCGUGGCGUCGAUGUCUCAGACGAUUUGUGCUGAGCAAUUGAAUAAGAUAUCACAACGCGAUCGUUUUCCACCGGAGAUUCUGGAACAAAUGGGACAUUUGCUGGAGGUCGCCGUGCCUCAAAUUGUGCUAAAACACAAGGAAAUGAAGGAGGAGAGCCGGUGUGCGAAUUUGGCACUGGCUUAUUUCACAAGGUUCGCCCUAAGUUUCGUGGAUCGAGGCGUCGUCUUCCGAUGGAUUCACUUCUACAUCUCUCGCCUAGAUGACACUGACUUCCGAGCCCUCCGUGACUACAAAACGGACCUUCUGGAGAUUCUGUGCCUUCACGAGCACUUUGUCCCUUUGAAUCUCCCCGUUCUGAUCAAUUGCUCAUCUCAAAUUCAACGACUCAACUACUCGGGCGGAGUGAUUGAUUCACAGAUGCAGACGACGAAUUCCAGUGGAGCGGGAUUCCUAUCGAGAUUCUUUAACCAGAUUUUCAAUACGCCAACGUUGGAGACGAAUGAAACGGAUCGAUACGCCUCCUGCUCGGGAGAAUGGCAUCUGAGCCCGUCGUUCGCUCAGAAUCACUUCAUCGUGGGCCUUCUGUUGCAGGAGCUGGUGGCGUGCAUACGAGAAACCAAGGAUUAUCGGAAACGACCCAUUUCGUUGUUAAGGAACCUUUUGGCCAAGCAUUCGUUUGAUAAGAGAUAUGGGGAUAUGACAAUCCAACGUCGAAUCUCGAUGCUCUACGCCCCUGUGCUCACAUUUGCCCUCGAUCACCUCCACGAGCUGAUCUACGAGGAUUCAGACGACGUUGACGCCACGCCCACUGGAUACCGAUCCUUCCCAACUCAUCAUCACUCCACCAUGGCCUCAUUAGCCUCGGCAAAAUCGAUUCUCCGAUCUUCUGGUGCCAAUCGAUACACUGAAUUCUCAAGAGGAAGUCCUGUACGAACGUCCAGUCCAGUACCAUCCACACACUCGACGUCACGACCACCACAGAUGCCGCCGCCGCCACCGAUUGGAGGGCAGAAAACAGUACCACCACCUCCAUCAUCUUCAACUCCUUUGGUGGAAAAACUGACAGAAGACGAGAUUCAGGAUAUUCUCAUUUGUUGUGUCUUCAUUCUACAACGAAUGCCCAAGCGGAUUCUGGCGGCGUUGUGGAGUGAAAAUGAGGGAGCCAAUGCGGAGAAGAUGAUCAAAUUGCUAGAAUUGAUUGUCGACGUUUUUAGAUACCGUGGCAAGGAACAUGCGCUCCGCCGAACAGCUGCGAAUUCAAAGACACGAUCACAGUUCACGCUGAAUCUACCCGGAAGAGCAUCGACAUCAAAUCGAAUGUCAGCGGAAAUGAUGGACGAGGAUCCGAAUGCGUCUGGUUCCACCAACUCGAUCCCAUUCCGUGUGCUCCAACUCGUCAAUCUGUCCCAAGAAGUGGCUCUAAUCGUUCUCGACGUUGCCCAAACGUUUGCCCACCAACUCGCCGCUUCCCAACGACACCGUCAUUGGCCCCAUUCUGAAUCCCUCUUCCACUCAUUGCUCAGCCUACAUCUCCGUCUGGCUGACGAGCAUUGGAGUGAAUCCGUUCGAUUACACGUCAUCGCUGGUCUGGCUCUUUUUGUGAAUCUAUUCAGAGCUCGGUUGUUCGAAGGUGGACCAUUGGAACCGUUGUAUAUGCUCAUUGAGAAGGUUUUGAUACAGAUGGCCUCUCGCCUUCCAGCCGUCCAAGCCGCCGCCGCCGCACUCCUCCAACUGAUUCUCAGAAACGGAUACGAAGUGGCUCAAGGCUACUUUGCCAGUCAGAUUCUGGCUCAGAGUGUGUCUCCAUCGACAAAAAUCAAUAAUCAGGCGAAUGGAGGAAGGAAAGGAGUGUCAAGUGAACGUCUGGGAAGACCCGGCAGUCAGACGGGCGUCGCGUUGGCUAGAUUAUUGGGCUUCCAAUCAGUGCUCUCCAACUCGGCGGCCUUCGAACGCGGCCUAUCGGCGGUUGAAGCCCUUGUGGACCAACGAAAAGCGACGUCAUUCGACCUGGCAGUUCUGGAUCUUCUCCGACAGCUACGCGGUGUGAUGACGGCUACAGUAGCGCUGAAAGACGCGGCGAAUGAUCCGAUUCGAUUGGCAGAUCUACAUUUACAACUGGCUGAUAGUUAUCGAGGAUCCGCUGCGUUGAGAAGCGCCUGGUUUGAUACCCUAGCCGAGUUGUAUGAACAGGAUCGAUGGUUUGCCGAGGCAGCUGUUUGCCAUGCACAUUCAGUGGCGAUUAUUGCAAGGGAGUUGGAGGAGAGAAAAGAUCUAGAAGUCGACUGGAGGGUUUUCGAAUGGAUCAACAAUCAGAUUUCUGAGACAGAACAGAGUCAGGGUGGAGACGCUGGCAACGUACAGCCCGCCGGAUUCACCACAGAGAAUCUGGGAGCGAAAAUUGAUAAGACGGCGGCCGCGUUGUUGUUAGCGGAGAGAUUUGAAGCAGUGGGGCCGUUGUACAGGCUGAUUGUCCCAGUUUUGGAGAGGAAUAUGAAUUUUACGAGUCUCGUGAGCGUCUACGCCGAACUACAACAGACCUACAGUAGGGCGGCGGAAGUGAGGAGCAGUGGGAAGCGACACUUGGGAACGUAUUUCAGAGUCCGAUUCUAUGGAGAAAAUCAUUUUAAACAAGAACACAACACUGACUGGAUCUACCGGGAGAUGGGACUCACUUCCCUGGCUGCAUUCGCAUUAGAAGUCAAGGAGAAGUGUCAGAGGCAAGUGGGACACGAUCGAGUACAAAUCGAGGCCAAUGAGCAUCUGGAUAUGGCCAAAAUCGAUCCAACAGUGGCAUAUGUACAGAUAACACAUGUCGAACCGUCGGUUUCAGCAGACUCCGCCUCCUCUUCGCCCCGCCCACCUACCGUAUCCAAUGACUUCGUUCUACACACGAACCUCUCCGAAUUCUCGUACGAAUGUGCAAUGGUUGAAAACGAGCGAAAAGUAUCGAAAGAGCCAGCAAUCCAUGAGCAAAUCCUCAAAAGGACCGUCAUUCGAGUGUCUUUGGGGGGAUUCCCAUCGACACGACGACGUCUUCCAGUCAUUUCUGUCAAUUAUGAGCAAUUCUCCCCACUGGAAUUCGCGUGCCAGAAAUUAAAUACCAAGGCAGAGCAGAUUCGGAAGACGUUGAGUGCUGCGUCGAAUGGACGGAGACUAGAUGUCAAAGGGUUGCAGUUGUUGUUACAGGGCGCCGUUCUGCCUACCGUAAACGCCGGACCCCUAGCCUACGCGGAAGUGUUCACGAAGGAUGAGCAACGAGAGAAGUAUGGCGACGAGGCGAUCGUCAAAUUGAGAGAGUCGUUCAGAAAUCUAAUGUCGGCGUGUCAAUUGGCCAUCGAAGCGAAUGCGUCAGCGAUCGGUUCUGAUCAACAGACGUAUCAUGAAGUGUUGGUGUCAUCGUUCGACGCGAUGCACGAACGUCUUCAGACAUUCUUUGGAGCAUCUCUUCGCGGCAAUCUGGAACCCGAUCCAUCGCAACUUCCACGCUCCGCAAUGCACAUACUGGAUAUGAUGGGCGGAGUCAGAAAUUAA